AUGCUCCUGCCCUCCAAGAAGGACCUCAAGACCACUCUGGAGGUCUUUGCUCUUUUCCAGUGGGCCCUCAGCGUCUUGGUUAUCAGCAAAGCAGGACAGUGGGCCACCCAGGCCUCUAGCCUGAUGCGCUUGGGCAUGGUCUGCGUGGAAUCUACUUGCCUCAUGACCACCGCCUCCCCUCGCUGCCACCAUGUUCCCAUGAGAGAGCAGGGUCCCCAAGGCCUAGGAGCUGACACUGCAUUGAGGGAGAAGUAUGACCAUUAUGGACGGCCAGCCCAGGCCAGGCCCGCGUCGGGGGCUGGAGCCUUUAGGCUGGUAGUUCCCCUUCCUCAGUCUUGUCCAGAAUGUUGCUCCUCAGAGGUUGGUGAGAGUCUCUGCUCUCUGUGGACACAGGUGUUCAGGCUGAUGGAGGCCCCGCCGAACUGUGAUGUUGCAAAAUGUGGCUUCAGAGAUGACCACCAAGUUGGCAGGAAAGGGAACAAAGGCCCCAUGCACACUCCUUUCUGCCACCACCAGAAUGGCAGGUUAAGCGCUGUGAUCCUUGUCAACCUCUACCUGAGCGAGGUGAGGGCCCUGCGAGGGCUGCGUUGCCACCCACCACACGCUCUUUCUCUCUCCUCUUAUACUGUGGCCAAUUCCGCGCCUCCCUUCAGCCUGACCUUGUCUGGGCUGGAGAAGCCUGGGUGUUACUUAAGAGGGCAGGAAACAGCAGGGGGUGAGGGCACCCUGAGGCAGGCCUUAAAGGGCUCUGAAGAAGACAAUGGAGGUGGCCCAAGUUCAGCUACACUGGCUCUGUUCUCAGGUGGCUGCCGGUUUACCUGCGUAAGGCACUGGUGCCUGUGGAAACAGUACUGUGAUUACUUCCCACUCAAGCUUUUGAAGACUCACGAUCUCUCCCCCAGCCUCAACUACAUCCUCGCCUGCCAUCCUCAUGGGCUCAUGUCCCACUCAUGCUUUGGCCACUUUGCCACAGAGAAGUCAGGCUUCUCCAAGAUCUUUCCUGGCAUCAUUCCUUCUAUCCUCACACUGGGGGCCUUUUUCUGGGUGCCUUUCCUCAGAGAAUAUGUCAUGUCUACAGGGCCCUGCUCUGUGAGCCAGUCCUCCAUGGACUUCCUGCUUACCCGUAGAGCCACAGGCAACAUGCUGAUCGUGGGGGUCAGUGGCCUGGCUGAGUGCAGAUACAGCCUGCCAGGAUCUACCACCUUGGUCUUGAAGAACCGCACCGGCUUUGUACGCACGGCCCUUCGGCAUGGGGUGGCUCUAAUCCCUGCCUACGCCUUUGGGGAGACAGAACUCUACAAUCAGCAGAUCUUCACUCCCGGGGGCUUCGUUAGUCACUUCCAAAAGUGGUUCCAGAGUAUGGUACACAUCUACCCUUGUGCUUUCUACGGGCACGGCUUCAUUGAGAACUCCUGGGGCCUUCUGCCCUACGCUCGGCCUGUAACCACCAUUGUCGGGAAGCCUCUACCACUGCCCAAGAUUGAGGACCUGAGCAAGGAGACGGUGGCAAAAUACCACGUGGUCUAUAUCGAUGCCCUGCACAAACGCCAGCACAAGACCAAGUUUGCCUUCUCAGAGACCCAGGAGCUGGUGCUAACUUGA